AUGGGUUCACCGAGUCCCUUGAACGUCUUCAAAGGCCCAAACGCGCUCGAUCAGUAUUUUGACCCAGAUCAAAAUCCACCACUACCUCUUGUGGAGAUACCUGACGCCCUCAAUCCCUUACGGCAAGAUGGAGUUCGGAUCUUUGCAAAGAUGCUUACCGCAUUACCAGCACAGAAUGUAAAGUCCUUGCCAGCACUCAAAAUGCUCCUCAAUGAGCCAGGAGCCGAUAAGAAAUCAAUUGUGGAAGCGAGCUCAGGGUCUACGGUCCUUUCACUUGGAAUCAUCGCUCGAGCACUCUGGGGCCAUGAUGAUGUAACCGCUUACGUGACAAACAAAAAGCACGUUGAUUCCCUGAGACUAUUGAGAGCGCUUUAUGGCGGACUCGCCCAGCAAGAGCCGUCAGAUCCCAAGGGGAUAAUGAACCGACUAAGGAAACUUGCUGCGCAAGAUUCAAGUGUUUGCUACCUAGGGCAGUACGAUAAUGAUCAUAACUGGGGUUCACACUACCAAUGGACUGGCGCCCAGAUAUUUAAACAGCUCCCCGAGAUAAACGUCUUUUGCGCAACCGUUGGAACUGGAGGUUGUGUUAGCGGUACAGGCGUUUACCUCAAAUCGAAAAAACCGUCCGUGAAGAUCAUUGGCGUUUGCAAUGUAUUUGGAGAUCCAACACCAGGCCCUCGCCAUUUUCCCGGAUUUGAAAGCUCACAAUUCCCCUGGAGGGAAACAAUCGACCAUUUUGAAACAGUAGCGUCCGCUCAGUCGUUCCGUUCAUCGAUGCAACUCUGUCGGCAUGGUAUUAUUGCGGGGCCUUCAUCUGGCGAAUCCUUGCACGGAUUACUUACUUACCUUCAAGCCCUGAAGACAGAGGGCUGCCUCUCUGACCUUGCGAACCCAGCCACAGGAGAAAUCUCUUGUGUUUUUGUUUGUGCUGACUUGCCGUACCCAUACAUGGACACUUAUUUCAAAAAACUUGGAGAGGAUGAGUUUCCUGCAAUCUAUAAUCAGAACCUUCUUGCUUGUGACCUCGAUCCGUAUGAUGAACGAUGGUUUCUUACACCUACACAAGUUGCUGCCCUGCUCUCCUACGGGAAUGGCGACCACUUGAGCGCUCCAUUUGAUCAGGAACCGCUUCCCGAUACAUGCAAAACUGUACUAUCACCCGAAACUGGCACAGAAUUAUCAUCAUCAGCCUCCACUACUAAUUCCUACCACAACGCUUUGUCUUCUGGCCCAUCCACAGCACCGUCCUCUCCGACCCUACCGCCGCAAGUCUCAACCAAACAUAAUACGCUGACAUCUGACAUAACUGUCGUCGACAUUCGUCCUACAGAUGCAUUUGCCUGCUCACACCUCCCCGGUUCGCGGAAUAUACCACUCCCAGAAACGGAAGAGGAUUUUUACGGGAAGGCGGAAGCAGUACAGCGACGAUGGAAUGAACUAAAGCAAGCCUUCGAUGGGGAAACAUGGUUAUGGAAAGUUUCAAUACACGAGGGGCAAAAAUAUUCGGGCCAAUAUGGAAUGUCAGACCCACCUGGGCCAGGCCCGGUGCUGGUAGUUUGCACGGAUGGGGACUCAGGGCGCAUGGCUGCAGCCAUGCUCAGAGCUAAGGGACGUGAAGCAUUUUGCGUUGAAGGGGGAUAUGGAGCGUUGGCUCAACAUCUGGCAGCGAAAUAA